AUGGCCGGCCGCGGUACUCGUCAGCGCGCUUGCAUGGUCUGUUCCAUCGUUUUGAAUGCUAGUGAAUUCUACAAGAAUGGGUGCCCCAACUGCGAAAGUAUCCUAGGCCUACGGAACUCCCAAGACGCCAUUCAGGAAUGCACCUCCCAAGUCUUCGAAGGGCUCAUCAUGAUGGGUGAUCCAAAGUCGUCGUGGGUCGCUAAGUGGCAGCGGCUCUCAAAUUAUGUGCCUGGAAUCUACGCUGUCAAGGUCGUUGGACAAUUACCGCAGGAGAUAAUAGACACUUUGGAAGACAACGGCAUGAAGUACAUUCCCAGAGACGGUACCUCGGUCGAGGACGAUGUUGCGGCAUAG